AUGGAAGAGAAACACGACUCCGGGACCGACGGGGUUGCUCCUCCGGGCCAUCCGGACCGGCACACACCCCUAGAUAGCCAUCAUGAUGAUUCACUCCGAGACCCUGCCAUGCUAGGCCGUCACAGCCUGCAAAUAAACCACGGUCGUCCUCCAGCGGCCUCCGCUCCGCAUGUCACCGGCGGAGGAACCACACUGAGCGGAACCAACUCCGGCAGCGAUACCAGUAAGCCGGACGUCGUCCUCGAUGAGAAGAAAUCGUACAGCCUCCCGGACAACCUCAAUGAGACAAACACCAGAACCAAACCCCCACACCACGAACCGCAUGCACCCACGACAGCACACCGAAAGACGCGGCAGAGCCAUGACUUUGACCGCCGUUACGACGGGCCCUUUGCCCGACCCAGCCUGACAAUGGCCCGGCCCUCGCAAUCCUCCGCCCGCUCUCCCCGUCCCUCCGGCGUCUACCACCCAGGCGGGCUGCCAGACACAUCCGCCAUCCCGGAAUCAGAACCCUCGGGACCGGUAUUCCAGCCGACGCCGCCCCCGUUAAACUACACCCUCCGCACCCGCAAACUCGCCAUCUUCCUCUUCUGGUUCCUCAUCCUCUUCGACUCCAUCGUCAUGCCGAUAGCACUCUACUUUGGCCUCUGGUACGGCGUCGGCCCGGGCACGAAUACCCCGACCGAGAAGAAACAGAAACUCACGCCCAACGCCGUAUUCUCCAUCGUCACGGCCGCGGUGGGAGGAGCCAGCAUCGUCGAGUAUUUUCUCCGUUUCUGGCGGCUCUGGAGGAAGGGUAGCACGUGUCGUGUAAUCGGGGCGCAUAGGUGGUACCUAGACUGGUUCCAUUGGAACUUUUCCUUUGCGUGGAUCAUCAUCAUGAUUGAACUCAUCGUCGGCACCGUCCCGGAACACCCGCCAAUUCGUCUGCUCUCGAUGCCCGUGACAACAAUGCUCUUCGUGUUCGGCACAGAGCUACUGGCGGUCGACAUCCUCCGCGCCUUCCACGUCCCCGCGCCCUGCCGGAUCUCUUCGAUCCCCAAAGGCGCGCAGCUCCGCCCCGGCAUCUACAGCCUGAUAGAAGACAUCUGCGCCGUCGACGGCUCCGGCGGCACCGAGUUCCGCGUGGCGCUGGACAGGCGGUACGAGGCGAGCCACACGUUCCGCGCGAUGCUGCGUCGGCUCGGGAUAUUCUGGGCCGUCGGCGCCGAGGCGUGCGCCGUGUUGUGCACGGCGCUCAUCUUCACCAUGAGCGGUGACGUCGCGUAUACGCUGGGCUGGUCGUUGCCGUUCGUGUGGGCUGGGUUCUGGACGUUGGCGACGUUUUGGUACGUGCAUUGGCAGUUGAAAAAGGAGGCCAAGGACUGGGCUGAAGAGGUUGCGCGGAAAGCGCCUGCUGAGUCGGUGGCUUGA